GCCGCCCGCCGCCGCCGCCGCCGGCCGCCCGCCCGCCCCGCUCCUCCGGCGGCCGCCGCCGCUGCGCUGCGCUGCGCUGCCUGCGCCCAGGGCUCGGGAGGGGGCCGCGGAGCAGCCGCGCCCCGCGCCCGGCCCCCGCCCGCCGCGCCCGGGCCCGCGCCAUGGGGCUCUGGCUGCCGCCGCCCCCCGCGCCGCCGGGCUAGGGCGAUGCGGGCGCCCCCGGCGCGCGGCCCCCGCGGGCGCCAUGGGCCCCCUGCUCCGCCGCCUGCUGCUCGCCGCGCUCCUGCAGCUGGCCCCCGCCCAGGCCCCCAUCUCCCAGCCGGAUGCCACUGGCCACCAGAAGAAAGUGGUAUCAUGGAUAGACGUGUAUGCCCGAGCCACCUGCCAGCCGAGGGAGGUGGUGGUGCCCCUGGCUACAGAGUUCAUGGGUACGGUGGCCAAACAACUGGUGCCCAGCUGUGUGACUGUGCAGCGCUGCGGUGGCUGCUGCCCUGACGACGGCCUGGAGUGCGUGCCCACCGGGCAGCACCAAGUCCGAAUGCAGAUCCUCAUGAUCCGGUACCCAAGCAGUCAGCUGGGGGAGAUGUCCCUGGAGGAGCACAGCGAAUGUGAAUGCAGACCAAAAAAAAAGAAUGUGGUGAAGCCCGACAGGGCUGCCACUGCCCACCGUCCCCAGCCCCGCUCAGUUCUGGGCUGGGAUUCUGCCCCUGGAGCACCCACCCCAGCUGACACCACUCAUCCCACUCCAGCCCCAGGACCCUCUGCCCGCGCUGCCUCCAGCGCCGCCAACGCCCUGAUCCCCGGACCUGUCGCUGCCGCUGCCGACGCCGCAGCUUCCUCCGUUGCCAAGGGCGGGGCUUAGAGCUCAACCCAGACACGUGCAGGUGCCGGAAGCUGCGAAGGUGACACAUUGCUUUUCAGACUCAGCAGGGCCACUUUCCUCAGCCUCACCCCAUUUGGACAAGAGAGGGGAACCUGGGGAGAAGACCCUAGCUCCAAGACCUUGGCCUCGAUGGAACUUGUUCCAGGACUUGGGCCUCUCAGAGUGCUCUCCUACCAUCUGUCCUUCAUCUUCUGAGGCUGCCAGCUAACAGAAUUGAUGAGCCAUGACAGCAGCAAGAGAGCUCAUGUUCCAGCUUAGGGGAACAGGUGCUCUCGGUCUUUAACCACACCCUGUGCACCUGAGUUUAACAACUGGCUCCUGCAUCGCCUCACUACAAAGACCCCAAACUGCUGCACAUUUGGGCUUUGGUAUGAAAACUGUGACCUCCUUGUCCCUGAUAAAAGAGCUAGAAGGAG